AUGAAGAGAGCGAGUCCGAAGAACCUCAAGCGAAGCUUUUCAACACAGAAAGUCCUCUCCACAGGAUUGGGAACGCAAUUCCCCAAGAAGAUAUGGCAAACGUGGAAAGUGGAUCCAUUGAACUUUGACGUGCGAGAUUCGGAUACAGCAAAGACGUGGACAGCCAAGAAUCCAAGUUAUCGAUACGAAGUCUUGACUGACAACAAUGACUUGUACUAUGUCGAGACACAUUUCGGACCAGAUGGAUUCAAUCGACCAGACAUAGUCGAAACGUACCGAUCACUAACCGCAAAGAUUAUCAAAGCCGAUCUGUUGCGGUAUCUCGUUAUGUACGUAGAGGGUGGAGUCUAUGCAGACAUUGAUGUUGAGGCAUUGAAGCCCAUCAAGCGAUUUAUUCCAGAUCGAUACGACGAAGGAGACAUCGACAUGGUUAUCAGUGUUGAGAUCGACCAGCCAGAGUUCAAGGAGCAUGCAAUUCUCGGCAAGAAAUCACAAUCUUUCUGUCAAUGGACAUUCAUGUGCAAGCCACGUCUACCAGUCAUGUUGAAACUGAUUGACAACAUCUUAGCAUGGCUCAACGACCUCUCAAGACAGCAAGGAGUACCAAUCUCCGAACUUCAUCUCGACUUCGACGAGGUCAUCAGUGGUACGGGGCCUUCGGCUUUCACGAUUGCAGUUCUGGAAGCCAUGAGCAAAAAGGAGAAAUCUACAGUGGACUGGAGUGUCUUCCACGACAUGAACGAAUCUAAGCUGGUUGGCGGUGUCCUCGUCCUCACUGUUGAAGCAUUCGCAGCAGGACAAGGCCACUCGGACUCUGGAAACCACAAUGCUAGAACAGCACUUGUCAAGCACCACUACCACGCAUCAUCCUGGCCAUCAAACCACCCACGGUUCAGCCAUCCCGUCUUCGGAGAAGUUGAGAAGUGCAAUUGGGAUCCCGAGUGUGUCAAGCUAUGGGACUACAACAUUGCGGUUUUCAAGAAUCUCCCAGAGGAAGAGCAAAAGCAGCAGAUUGCAGUCAAGGAAGCCGCUGAGAAACAACUUGCGGAUCUCGCUGCACUUGCGCCCCCACCGGCUCUUGCACCACCUUCUCUCCCCUGA